CGCGCGCGGGACGCUGAGGGGAGCCGGGCGCCAAGCCGCCUUGCAGCCGUUAUCUUGGUUAUGAGCUAGUGCUUUGUGUUUCGGAAUUCUCCAUUCUGAGCUUUUAUUCGCAUAGUGCACCUAAGAAGAUGUCCUGUGCAGAGGCCCUAACCAGUCCAGUUAAAAAGACUAUUAUGGGCCCUCAUGGAAUCAAUCGAGCUGUUCACCGCAUUUCUUUUUCUGAUUGCCAGGAUGGAUUAGGAGUUAAAAUUAUUGGAGGUUAUCGGGCACAAACAGCUGAAGAUUAUGGCAUCUUCAUUAAGAGAAUCCUGCCUGGAGGGAUUGCUGCUGUAGAUAGCCGUUUGCUUACUGGAGACCUCAUUUUAGAUGUCAAUGGAGAAAACUUAAUUGGAGUAACCAAUGAAAGGGCUGUGGACAUCUUGCGAACAGCAUCAGCAUCCAAUCAUAUGUCUCUGCUGGUUGCUAGAGAUGAAGAAGCAAAAAAGGAGUUCCAUCAUCUGAUGGACAAGUAUGGCUCUCAUAGUAACACUGACUCUGCAAGAAGUUCUCCAACACAACUAUUGGCAGCAAAACCUAUGGACAGCCUUUCUUCUGGGUCAUCCUCAAGGUCACAGAGUCCUCAGUUGCAUCCAAAGGAUAUUGCUGUCACAAACAGCAGAAAUGAUUCUGUCCUAGCACCAUCCCCAAAGCUGGCAAAGGAUAGUGUGUUUCAGAUUAUCUCUGUUUGUAAAGGAACAAGCCUAGGUUUGAAUAUUGUAGGAGGAAUUAACAGAAAUGAAGGUCCUUUGGUUUAUGUUCAAGAAGUUAUCCCUGGUGGUGACUGUCAUAAGGACGGACGAUUGAAGCCUGGAGAUCAGCUCGUAUCCAUAAACAAAGAGUCAAUGAUUGGUGUUUCCUAUGAAGAGGCAAAAAGUAUAAUCAACAGAACAAGUACGAGAUUUGAAAGUUUUUGGGAGAUAGCUUUCAUUAGACAAAAUGAAAGUUAUUCAGAGGAACUGCAGCGACCAUCCAGUCUCUCAACAUCAUCUUCUGUAGUUUAUGGAGAGCAACAGGCUGCAGUAGUGAGUCCCCUGGCAUCUCCUAAUGGGAAGCUUGUUUCGAGGUUCACCACUAAUGCUAUGGAAACUGGAAUCAAGAAGAGAGAGCUAUCUCCAAUUGGAACCGUAGACAGCAGCCCUACUGAUGUGCCUGCCUCUGUUAUCUCCCCCAACCACAUUGAUGAUUAUGGGCUGCGAAGGAAGAAUUUCUUGAACUCCACAGUUCGUCUCAAAGCAGAAAAGCUGGAGAGGGCAUUGAAUUAUCUUGGGAUACAGCCCACAGAUGAAGAGCAACAAGGCGUAAGACAGCAACUGGAGAAGGAUUCUGACAGAACGGUGUCUUUUGGAGAUUUUGUUCAGGUUUCAAGGAGUCUGUUCUCUUUGCAAUUGAAUGCAACAGAUGGUGACCAAAAACCUGCAACAUUUGGAGCCAAUGAAAAUGCCAGUUUUUCAGAUUCACAGUUUGUGACUUGUGAUUUGUUGGAGGAUGACCUGGAAAGGAUUAAAAAAGAAAGAAAUGAAGCUUUGAAAGAAAUCAGUAAAUUAAAGGAGGAAUUGUCCGAAUCUGUGAGUUUACAGAAACAGUUAGCAGAGGAACUACAAGCAGUCAAGCAGGAAGCCAAGGCAGCUGUAGAAGAGGCAAGAGCCUUGCGAAGCAGGAUUCAUCUCGCAGAAGCUGCACAGCGGCAGGCCCGUGGAAUGGAGAUGGACUAUGAAGAAGUAAUUCGCCUGUUAGAAGCUGAAAUCGUAGAGCUGAAGGCUCAGCUCACUAAUAAUUCUGGCCAAAAUAAAGAUAAUAUCCAAGACUUGAGAAAGAGAGUUACAGUGCUUGACUGCCAGCUGCGGAAAUCAGAAUUGGCUAGGAAGACCUUUGAGGUGGCUACUGGAAAGUUGCUGCAAUUUGUAGAGGUUGUGCAUGAAAUACUCUCAGAUAACUCUGCUUCCUCGACACUUUUAAGUGAAAGAAGAACAACAUUGUCUACUAAAGCGCUUCUUGCACGAUUUGGAAGGAUUGGAUCUACUGUCACAACAGCUCUUGCAGCAGAAGCCAAAGACCUUGCCAAAUCUGUCCGUGCCAUUUUGGAAGUGGAUUGUCUACCUUAUGGAUGGGAAGAAGCCUAUACAGCUGAUGGAAUCAAGUACUUCAUCAAUCACGUAACACAGACAACAUCUUGGAUCCAUCCAGUAACAAGUGCACUGAGCUUGUUUGGCCCCGAGGAUGACGACGAUGGAAUAAGAGAGCCGCCUGGGUCCAAGAGCUGAGGACAUCGGUUGACAGAAAGUUUGUGUGAUUGCAGCAUGGUAGUGAGAAGACCUACAGCUUUUAAUCUGAUACAAUUUCUAGUCUAACAUAGUAGUACCUGAUGAUACUCCUCUCCUUGAAGUCAGCGCUUGUUCUGUUCUUUUAGGUAGGUUUUUAUCCGUGGGUGAAAUUCAUCCUGCAAAAGAUGCAGGUGCUGUGGAAGACUCCCCUUCAGUCUUUCUUUGCCCCAGUUCAGAGUGCAGGCAUCAGACUUAUAUUAGGACCUGAUCCUGUCUUUUCAUGACUUUCUUAUUGGCAUUAACUCCACUGACUUCCACUGAGAGCUUCACAACUUUGCCCAGGAGAAUAAGACUGGGCCCUUGGUUGUGGCUCACGUGGCAAUUGCCAGUUAUGUUUGACCUAAACAUACAAGAUGAGCAUUUUCUUUUUCCUUUUUAACCACUGAUAGUGGGUGUAACAUAGAUGCCUUUUCUAUAACUACUGAAUUACUAUCUCAUUUUUAUAAAAGAAAUUUUGAAUUUAUUUUACUAACUUGCAGAUUAUUACAAGUAUUUGAGCCCAGAUGACUCUUUUAACAAGUACUUUAUUAAGACUGGUUGUUUGGCUUUAGGAUAAUGAGUUUUUGUAAGGUGUCAAGUAAAAAGAAAUAGUUUUGGUAGAGGACCCCAUACUCUGUCAACAAUAUGAGGCAAGAAUGAAAAUGUACUUUUGUACUCUGCUAAACUGAUAUACACAUGCAUCAAAUAUUUCAGGGGAAGCUGUGAAGUUUCAAGUACAAUGAAACCUGUGAAGCCACCUCCAGGAUCAGCAGAAAACAGUCACCUCCUCAAAGUUGGUCUUUAAGUAGAACAAAAUCUUGUUGUAAACAUGAGUGAUGAUUUAAAGAGGAUAAAGAAAACAACGGGGGUGCUACUGCAACCUAAUGAACAACUUUCACUGCUCCCAUUUAAUGAACAGGUUUCACUGUACCCCACUAGCACAGGAUAUUUUAAAUCUCAUUAUUCAAAGCACAACAUCUGAUGCCUGCUCUGCCCAAUACAAUUCUGUGCUGAAGAGUGGAGACUACGUGUGUAUGUGUGGGUAUGUGUAUACAUAUACGUGUGUAUAUAUAUGUGUAUGUGUUAUGGUAGAUUUUGACUAAUGAGUGAAAGAAGGACCUGCAAUUUCACUGAAGCAUUAGUGAAUAUGCCAAAGGAAAACUAUUUUUGACCUUAAGCCCAAGGAAGGAUGCAGUAUUGUAAGUAUAUGAGGAAGGCAUGGGCUGAACUCGCCUGGAAAGAUUCAGACACCGUUCCCCACACCAGCUCAUCUCUUGGAUGAUACAAAAGAAGGAGGCUGCACUGUCACUUUUUUAGGAGUCUGUCUCUGGCAGAUAGGGUUUAAAAAUCAAUGUACUCGGAUGUAGGCGCAUAGCUCUACUGCUCCUUCUACAACCUUUGCGUUACAGAGCUGUGCCAAGUCAGCUACACUGUAGCUGUUGGCCGUAUUGAAUCAAAAAUAAUUUACACUUUAGCCUCUUCUUUGAAAAGCAGUGCAGCAGUUUAUUGCAUAUGGCCUGUGAGCUGUAUCAAAAUGGUCUUGUGGAGGAAGAGGUACAGGCGUGAUCUGAAGUACAGCCCAGAAAAAGAGCUUUUUGCAGACUUUGCUGGAAGUAGGUGUCAGGAUAUACUCAAUAAGCAAAUAAGAAAAUUUGUUUUAUAUUUUUAACUAGGUCAGGACCAUUUUUUCCAUGAAUCUGCACAGGUGGUGUGGAUUAGGAAGAAGAGCUUGCUCAGCAGAUCCACGGUAACUUACAUUUCUGAGAAAACUCAUACGCAGCAGUAGCCCUUAAGGUCUCAGUGCUUCAGCCCUGCCUUGCCCCAGUGGCUCUCACAUACUUCCUUCUUCCUUUCUGUUCCCCCAGAACACAGGCUGAAGGUGCAAAGCACAUGCUUCAGGUACAGGGUUACACACUCUAGAUAGACCAUUAUUUAAACCUCUUUCUGAAAGUGGUUCAGACUCAUAAUACAUAGCAGAUAAAAUAAGAUUCUGAAUUUCAGUAUUUACUGUAGCCCUAGCAGUAGUUCGGAUGCUUUUUCAGUUCCUACUUCUGAUAGGCAGAUCGCACGUAGACUCCGGUUUUCCAGUUCUGUGCAAGAGAAGCUGAAUCUCCACCUGACCUCACAGGCUUGACUUAUUCUGCUAGUGGCUUUGUGACAGCUAGCUGAGCGAUUCAAAUUAGAGAAGCUAUUUAGGGACAGAGCUGGAGACUGUGGAGCAGGCAGGCUUCAGCAGCAGAGACUUUCUAGAGCCUAGCAGCAAUGCAGAGCUGUCCUCCUGUCAGCGCAUUCGGAGGAGGACAGCUCUGCACAUAUUGCUUGCCCUCCCCGAGGAGCUGGGAAUGAUCUCCUGCUCCAGGCACGCAACGCACAGCCUGCUGUGCACGAGAGGGGGAGAAACCAAGACAAACUGUUGGCGUUCUGCCUGC